AUGACCGGCGACAAUCAAGAAACGCUCGUCGAGGCCACCGCCGCCCAGGAUGGCGCCUCCUUGCAAAUUACCAAGACCAGGUCCUCUGAGCUGCCCCCAGAGGGACAGUCCCUCACCGGAAAGCAAGAACAUUACCUGAAGCGAGAGCUCAUGGCCGAGCAGAGUGUAUAUGAAAUCAACGAGCUUAAUUCUCCCACUGCGCUCCAGCGCUUCGGCUCCCCCUUUCGAUCUGAACACGGCGAGAUCUCCCCGCAAGAAUCAGAGCUGCCCCUUCUGCGAUACAUUUUCGUUCACCAUGUCCGCGACUUUCCCUUUCUCGACAAGGCGCGCGAAAAGGAAUUCUGGCAGGACAAACUACAAGUCUUCCUCGAGUCCUUUGCAACCAAGCACAUCUCCUCUUCAGAGGACCGCCUCGAAGAGACAAAGCGGAGAAAACUCGCCAUCAAAGCCCAAAAGAUGGUCGAACUCAUGAUGGUCUCUGGAAUCGGCACUUCCUCUGGCUUCGAAGAGCGCAUCCGAUUCUCCGAGCUUGAUAUUGUCGAUUCCAACGCCAUUGACACCGGUGUUAUGCACACUAUCCCCGAGGGAAACUACAUCAACGGUUGGGACGUGAACGUGGCCGCCGUGCGCACCGUUUCGAUCAAGCGCAACAUUCGUCAACAUAAGCACUCCGAGUUUAUCCUCCGCGUUAAGAAGAAGGGCGAACUGGAGCACUUUAUCGCCCGCCGCUACGGUGACUUCAGCCGUCUACACAAGCGUAUUCGAACUGAGCUGCCCGGCCGCGCCCUCCCCUCAUUGCCAAGGAAGAACAAGUCAAGUUCCACGGCGUCGACCAUAAUGUCCGCCUUUGGUGGCAACGCCGACUCUGACGAUGGAGCUAGUCUGUCCACCGUGUCGACGCGAUUGACUCGCCUGUCUGUGGAACCUGAUGCGCCGUCUGCUAGAUUAUCGCCUGGACACCAAAGAGCUGGCUCUCUUAGAUCGAUGCAAUCAAGCACUUCCAGGAAUGGAAAUUCGCCUCGACUCUCUGCUGAUGGGAGACUGGCUCCUGGUGGCGCUACGCCAGAUCGUGUUCCUAAUGGAGAUACUGUUGUACUCGGCCGCGAGAAGCAGAGAAUCUCUCUGCGAUCCUUCAUCCGCUCUAUGCUACACAAUCCGCAGGUGGCCAACACAGUUGCCAUGGAGCAGUUCUUGACUACGGACACCAUCACACCAACUGACGAAGAUGUUGAGGAUAUUGUCCGCCGCAAGGCCCUAGACGAGAAGCGUGUCGAGGAACAAAAGAACUUUUACGAAAUCGCUCGCAAACGUGCGGCUGAGCUUGAUGAGUACAUGGAACAGUUUCGACGGGACAUUGUCGAGCGCAACGGUCUCACCAUGCUCUUCAAGGAAAUCAAGGAAAAGAAGACAAUCGGAGACCUCAGCAUCCAGUAUCGGAAGUUUGCAGAGUGGCUGCGCAUCGAAGUUGCUGCCGUCAUCUACCACCUCUUUUUGGCUGAGGACAAUUCCCCAGAGGUAUUUGCGCAGGCCCGGAGGAUUCACUCGUUGGUGCCUUAUACCAUCAUCAAGAAUAUCAUUCGCAUCGCCAACCCGGCUGCUGUCAUGUCAGGCAUAUUGGACGUGUUCAUGGCGCAACCGUUUGGUACGCGCUCGUUGCUGCAGCGCAUAUUUUCCCUGACCUUAAACGACGGCAUCAGGAGCUUCCAGAAAUCUAUUGACAUCCUCAAUGGCAAGAUUGGUGACCCGACAUUCUCGGAGAAGCUACAACGAUAUACAAAUGCCGAGGAGCACAUUAAGACGGCUAUUCGGCAAGAGGCAGAAGACGAGAACAUGGAUCUCGUUGUCACCAUUUUGCGCUCGGAUUUGUUGGAGCCUGAGCUGACGGGACCACAGACCCAGCGGCUCUUUAAUGCCUACGUCGCCUUCAAUAACGCUGUAGAAAACAUUGACGAGGAGCUCAAGCAAGGCGCUGAGCUCUUCUCUCACCUCAAGCAGCUUCUCAAGUUGUGCACGCGUCAGCGUGACAAGGCCAUGAUGCUGAAUCUCGUCGAGGAGCCCGUCACACUGCAGCUCUUCCGCGACUUGUUUACUAUUUUCUACGAGCCCCUCGUCCGCGUCUACAAGUCAGCCAACGUCUACAACAGUGUGACCGACUUUUCAGAUUUUUUCAACGACAUCAUCCAGACGGUGGACAAGUGCCGGGAGCAAGACGCAUCCGCGGACCCCAAUCAGACGGUUCAGGCGUUUAUCGACUUGUGCCAGCGCCAUGAGCACAAUUUUUACAAGUUUGUUCAUGAGGUCCACACCCACGACAAUGGGCUCUUCACCCAGCUCAUGGGAUGGAUUGAGGGGAUCCUCGAAUUCCUCCGUAAAGGCCCCAAAAAUGGCACGCUUAACGUCAACGCGUUAUUUGAAGGUGGCGUCAGCACGGGCACCAUUGACAAGGAAAAGGCAAUUGAGGAGAUUAACGCGCUGAUCGCGUGGCAAGAGGCGCGAAAGAAGUGGCACAAUGACAAGACGCGGCAAAAGAUGGCCGCCGAGUCCAAUGCAGCCGGCGGCAUGGGCGGCAGCCUGGUGACCGGCGGUCUCGGCUUUGACGUCUCCGACUUUGGCCUCGACAGCGCUGACGUUGAGGAUUUCAACAACUUCCACGACGAGGACUCGGAGGACGAGCUCGAAGCCGAGGCCGAGGAUGAGCUGGACCCGAUCGAGGCAGAGCGCCGGCGCAGGCAGAAGCAGCAGCACACCCUACGGCGUAGGGCGGGCGAGCCGGUCAAGCCCAAGAUUGAGGAGGUGCACAAGCUCCAUGACAACUUUUUGGUCAUGCUGCGCGAGGUUCUCGCAGAUUAG